AUGGGUGGCUGGUGCUGGAGUUGCUCAUUGGUGCUGUUCCUCAGGGGUCUUCCCGUGCCGAGGUUUGAGGCCUCAGGCCGCAAAAAUACUCUCAUGCCUGAGGCAGCAAAGGAGCGACGUCAUCAGGCGGCAUCUGGAUUUGGACUCAACCCACGUAUCCUCAGCAUGUGCCACUGUACAGAGUCUCCCAAACUACUGUACGCAGUCUACAUCCUCGUCGCUGUCGCAAUUCUAACUGAUUCCCAGAUAAAAUCCUGGGUAGAAUCACUAAAGUCACAUCCGGAUCGGGUAUCCGUCGACUCGCCGGAGCGGCCAGCUCGCACUCGCAAGUUCCAGGAAAUCAGCGAUGCUUACUAUACGCUCUCGGAUAAAACCCGUCGCGACGAGUACGACGCAAAGCUCCGGGCGCAAGAGGCAUCGGAAGAGCCGCAGGGUAUGCCAGGCGGGUUCCCGUGGUCGAGCUUCGGAUUCGGCACGGAAGAUCGCGAACGACGGGCGUCAGAACAGUUUGGGUCAGUGUUCGAGGAGAUGCUGCGCGAGGAAGGUCUCGCCAGUGACGAACCCGAUGAGAACGGUCGUCCUCGCGCCCGACCUACAUCGCGGUUUUGGUCCAUCGUGGGCGGGGUGAGUGGUGGCGCGCUGGGGUUCAUCGUAGGCAAUGCUCCCGGCGCCAUCGCAGGAGCCGUCGCUGGGAACCGACUCGGGGCUAUUCGAGACGUGAGGGGCAAGAGUGUCUAUGAGGUUUUCCUGGAGCUCCCCCACAGCGAUCGCGCGCAGCUGCUCAGCGAGCUGGCUGCCAAAGUAUUCCAGUCGACUAUGGGGCGGUAA